UGCCGCGGCUGCAGCCCCCUUUUUGGAGGGCUCUGGUUCCGGAAGUAUGUUACAAUUGCAAUUAUGAGCCUGCUAUGUUUUUACAGCUAGUUACUAUUUUGGGUCCCGUGUUUACCACGAUGGCCCGGCGGGACAUCCCCACAUCAACAAGUGUUCCGGUGGUGUUUGUAUGCCUAGGUGCCCUACUGUUUGGCAAUGUGUUGAUCUACCUGUACCUGGACUCUUUGCAUCAAAGCGAUGAACACCCGAUGUCACCUCAUAUGGGCUGUCCGCCCAGACACUUCAGAAUGGCUUCUAUGAAAACCUGCUACCCCUGGUUGCAGUGUCCGCAGGUGAAGGCUGAGGUACGCAAGCUCAAGCUCAUCGGACAGGGAGCAGUCAAGCAGGUUUACCUGUCUGAGUGGCGUGGUCAGAAGGUGGCCCUGUCUACUCUAUCCUCACCUGAGUACCUCGAGGACUUCCUCCACGGUGUGACCAUGCUGCAGACCCUUCAGGGCCCCCAAGUGGUGCAGCUUGUGGGCUGGUGCCCGGAGGAGGUCCUCCUGGUCACAGAGUACCACCCGCUGGGCUCGCUCCUCAGCCUGGACGCCACGCUGGCCCAGGAGCGCCACCGCAGCCGCGACACCUGGCAGACGCGGCUGCGCCUGGCCCUGGACUACGUGUCGGCGUUGAGCCAUCUCCACGCCAGCCCGGCGGGCUGCCGCGUGAUGUGCGACUCCAACAGCCUGGAGAAGACCCUGUCCCAGUUCCUGCUCACGGCCGACUUCCACCUGGUGGUCAACGACCUGGACGCCCUCCCCGAGGUGGACCCGUCCAGGGGGCUGCUCGCCAAAUGCGGUCACCGGGAGCUCACGGGGGACUUUGUUGCCCCGGAGCAGCUGUGGCCCUUCGGCGGCGAGGAGGACGACGGCGGCCAGCCGUUCUCAGACGAGCUGAUGCCCGGCUACGAUCACCUCAGCGACGUGUGGAAGAUUCCCGAUGUGACGCGGCAUCUGAUGGGGAGGGUGCCCGGCGGGGACGUGGCGCACUUCCACCUCUUCCAGAUCCACGAGGAGUGCAAGAGAAGGGACCCCAGGCUCCGGCCCUCUGCCCUGGACGUGUUGGCUGUGUACAGGUCGGUCUACGCCAACAUGGGGCGAGAUGCUGCUGGCUCCAGAGACAUGCUUUAGGGACCCUGGAGCACAUAGAAGACGAGGAAUGUACUACUCUUGAAAACCAAGUAUUUCAAUGAAAGCUAAGAACUGUUCUCCUGGUAUUAUCUUGUUGGAAAACAAUCAAAUUUUGGGAUUUAGCAGUUUUGUUGAUGGUUUGUUUCAGCUCUCAUUAAACACACAUCUUGAAAUUGUGUGUACAUCUGCCCAUUUUACAUUUGCUUUGUUAUGUUUUCUUAUUUAAAUUAAAGUAGGCAAAGCUUAUGGACAAUGCAUGUUGAUAUGCACUACAUGGAGAAUGCUGGCCAAUAACAAUAGAGAAUAUCUCAUCUCAGUUCAGUCUAGCCUAAGAGUUAUUUAUACAAGCAACCCAAGCCUGGUAGGUCCUCAUCUUUAUUGAUGGAAGCACUUAAAGGCACAAAAUGUAUGUUUUUUAUAAUCAAUCGGUCACAGGCAUUUCCCAGCUUAAUUUAAUCACAGCAAUGUGGUUAAUGUUAAAUGUGACAAAAUAAUAAUGUAAAGUAGUAAAAAGAGUAUUGGAGAUAGCUUUCUCACAGCAUAUUAUCAUAGUAUUUGAUUGUUAAUUACAGACACACAAUGAUGAGACUUUUCCACUAGACUGGUAACGUUAAUACUGUGAAAAUGUUCUACAAGCAAACAUCCCUAUAGGUUAUUAAUUAACAGCCUGUGAAAAAUCAAGUCUUCCAAUGUUGCCCUCUCAUAAAUGUAAAAAUGCCAGUUAAAUCCAAUAUUUAAACUGGCUAAGGGCAAAGUCCAGAAAAAAUCCUGUUUGCUUUAAAAAAAAAUAAAAAGGGACUGCAUUUUCCAUCCCAACAAUAACCUUCACCAUGUGUUCCCAGUAACCUGCCUGAGCCAUUAGGAUUAGUUUCUUCAUGUCUAAUUGCUGCGUCACUCACAAAAUGUAAUUUGUGCCAUUAGUCUAUAAAUUCAUGUUAAUAGUGUGAUCAAUAUUUAUGCAAACAAUAUGCAGAAUAAAGUGCUAAUGCUUAAAGGUUUCACAAAAGGCGGUAAAUUAAGAUUCAAAGACCGAUGCUCCAAUCUUGGAACAUGAUAAUUGCAUCAUUUUGAGUAAACACAGAGUUUUUCCACUUAAGAGCAUUGAGGCACUUAGAACAGGUCUUCCUCCAGAGUGCCAUCAGACUCAUUUUGUUGGAUGUACUUGAGGAUGUCGAUCUGGCCCUUGAGCUGAUCUACAGACAGCGGAGCCGCCCCAGCCGAAGGCUUCUCCAACAAUGUGGGUUUCGGCUUCAAGUUGGGCUUUGGGGCUGUAGACGGUUUGUUUUUAUUCCUUUUCGUGACCUGCAGAAGCUUGUCAAAGUCGUCCUGUAUCCUACAGGGAAACACAAGGUCAAAAUGUUAUAUUUUGGGUUUAAAACGAUGGCAGCUAACCUCACUUUUUCUACAGAGAACUCUGUUGCAUAUAAUUUCUCUAUUGGAGACUCAGACCCGCAUGAGCCUCUUCCCUCGGAUGUAAAUGAACGCUAUACGCGUACUGGGGAGUAGAAUGCAUUUACGCUGACGUUGGAUGUGGUCAUAAUGUGUCCCAGACCCCCUCCUAAAUUGGUCUGGUCCGGCUUUUUCGGUUUUCUGGUCCGAUGCAUUUUGGUGCAUCCGAUUCAAAGCCCGUUCCCCAAAAUGCCUGUUAAGGCCAGGUAUAAAGCGGGCGUAGGUGUAAGCCAAUCAAAGGAUUGGGUUGCAUGAUCUGUACCUAAAUAGUGUGUCAGUUUCUUCAUCCAAAAACAGCCCGGCAGAGGGCUCUGACUGCUGUCCGUGUGCAGUCGGAAGCAAAAGGGAAUCCCCCAGGUUCACUGUCCCACCAAGGACUGGAUCCUCAAACAACUUAAAAUGGCCUGUAGAGAGAGAGAGAGAGAGAGAGAGCGAUAGAUGCUCCAUAAGUACAGUGCAGAGCCUGACAUAAGAGACAUGUAGCAGUUGCAUAAAUGUUAGAUGACAGGGGUUCACCUUGAUGUAGUUUUGCCUUGUGCAUUUGGGUUCUGUGAUUUCUUGCAUCUUAUGCCCUUAAAUUAAAUCGCUCAAGAAAAUAGAACUACCGUAUCCUACAAUGAUCAAUACUGUGUAUCAAUAAAGUUUGAACUUUAUUAAUCAUAUUAAACGUCAGAGGGAUUACCCAUGCCAUCCAUAUCCAAUUCGCUCAGUAAAGCUCUAACCCUUAAAUGUUCCCCGGUUCGCUACCACAAGCCUGUGUCCAAUAUGUGUCACAUAUGAAGUGCCAGUGAACCCAGAAUCAGUUUUUUUGUUUGGUUGUAAACACCUCAGUCUAUGAUAGUGAAGAUAAUUAUCUAUGCCAUUUAGUUUUAUUUUGUAGAAACGGGGCUCUCUUCCACUUUGAAUAAAUGUCUCCAUUUUGUGGAUACCACAUGAGAACAUGACUGGUCAGGCAUGACACACCGGCCACUCGGAACAUAAUAAAGCAGAAGUGAUAUAUUUUCCAAAAUAACAAGUGGUUUGGAUUUUUUCCUAACGUACAAAUGCGGGUCACAGUAUUACAGGGAGAGAUUAAUAAUCCUGCCAUCGUCA